UUAUAAAGAGAUGUGGUACAAACAAUGGGGUUAAACGAGUGCUAAGAGCUGCUCGUGGUCUGCCUUCACAAAUGCUAAAAUUAUAAGGAAGCUAGCAUGGAGGCAUGUGUUUUUCUGUUUCCUCAAUUCAACUUUUUGGCACCAAAGGAGGAAGCAUAUUUCAAAAUGCUCGGUCCUGAGGACUUGAAGGCACCGAGAAUGAAAGAUAGUAAUUCCAGAUUGAAAGACAAGAGGAGCCGACUGAGCCUUCUGCUGACCAAGUCAGGCUCCCAUGAAAACAUCGGUCCAGAAAAGAAGACCACCACCGCAACCAGCAACAUCUCACCGGAGGCAGCUUUGAGAUGGAGCGACACCUUUGAAGAGCUGCUCAGACAUUCAGAUGGAGUGGAGACGUUCUCUCAGUUCCUCAGAACAGAGUUCAGUGAGGAGAACAUUGAGUUCUGGUUGGCCUGUGAGGAAUACAAGACCAUCAACUCGGAUUCCAGGCUCAUCACCAAAGCCAAGCAGAUGUAUGCUGUCUUCAUUGAAGCCGAGGCCCCAAAGGAGGUCAACAUCGACUACGCCACAAAGGUGGCCAUCCGGAAGAACAUCGCCACGCCGACGAAUACCUGCUUCGAUGCGGCACAGAGCAAAGUCUACAGCCUGAUGAAAAAAGACUGCUACCCGAGGUUCCUCACUUCCGACAUCUACCUGCGCCUCACCAAGAGAAAAGGCCCCGGGACCACCAUGUACCGCCGGAGGUCACGGUCCUGCGUUUUCAAUGAGCCGCGAGGGGAGGCCACGGGCGACUCCUCUGCCUGGUUGUAGCAUCUUAAGCUGAGAGUAGCACAACACACACAAACACACACACACACAAACACCCGCACACACACCACACACACACCCUUCUAAUUUCCCUUGCAGUGCAAUGCCUGUUUCUGACUAGCUGUGUGACUGUGGAACGUUGUGUCUUUUUAAUGAGACUUUCUGAAGAGAUUUGACUUUACAGCUACCUGUUAAAGUGUUCCCCAUCUAGACAGCAAACAUGCACAUAAUACUGUGUUUGAAUACUAAUAUGCAAUAUUCAUCUUGAUUACCGUUAAAUGCAUUGCCACUGCUUGUAUUAAUUCAAUAAUUUAUGAUAAUAAUCUGUUAUGUUGGCUUUUAGUUGUAAAUUGUAUAUAUUGUCUGGAGAGUAAUUAUUGGAAUAAACAACGUACUUUGAAA